UUUUUCUUGUACCUUUUCCUUGUCAAGAACAACUGCUGAAAACUAAACUUCAGACGACAUAUCCAUUGUUACAAGUUUGCAGAUUUUACUCGUCAUGAACUCAUAUCUGAUUCACUUACUAACGCAGGAUCCGAUCAGGAACAUAUUGGCAGGCACAGGAGCUGCAGCUCUCAUUACUCUCUCUCCUGCUCUUCUUGCUAAUCUGUCGCUCUCUUCGUGCAUAUGAUGAAAAUGAAAAUGGCAUAAAAGAGUUGGAGUAUACAGUUUAAAGAUAUGCUUCGUAAAAUAAAAAGAACUGCAAAAUAACCACGACGGGCAUUUUUCUAUUCUUUCACGUCAUCAAAUCACCUAGAGAACACAACGCGAGCAGCUCACUGUCACUCACAGUUUUUACGUACAUUGCUUGUUGUCCUCACAGUCACUUGCAAUUCAAGAGGACGUGCAUGCUUUUCUUACUUAUGCAUGGUUUGCAUAACUUUUUACAUACUUAGAGUGAUCCUCAUCUCAACCGACGUACGUUGAUAUCAAACAACAAGACUGACGAGCACUGUGCAUCUUCAUCUUCUUCUGAAAAAACUCGUUUAAAUAAGAACGAUGACAAUGAUUCUUUUAGGCUGUGGUCGGUGCCGACGCCGAGAUGGAGAAUGCCAACGCGCAAAAGAAAAAGCAUGCAAACAACUACUUGUACCAUAGUACGCCAAAAAUAAGAAUAAAGUUGAUGCUGAAUCGCCGAAAGAUGAACAAAAUGUGGCCGUUCUCAACAGCGAGCACGUGGAAUGUGUCGAAUCGUGAAGAUCUACCUCAUCUGUCAUUUUUGGUACUAGCGACGUAAAGAAACGUAGUGCAUUAGUGCCCUGACGAUCGUGACAAAUGAACUGGCGCUCUUCAACCUCUGUGCUGUGGUAAUUAAUUUUUGUCACCCAUUAAUAUUUACUGUCUAAAUUAAUAAACCUGCUGCACGUAUUGAUCGUGUCGACUCCGUGACCCGCAAUGAAAAUCGCAAGAAAAUUUUCCGGCUAGGUUAAGUAGAAAGCUGACUUGUGGUGGAGCUUGCUACAUUCAUUAUCGCUCGAGUUGUAUUUGUCCUUAUUUGCUUCUUCCCGCGAACGAACAGGGCUUCGUGAUCGCAAUUGUCUUCUUUGCUUUUUGAUAAUAAAAAUCACACCUACUGCUCUACUUUGCCACCUCGCGUGAUUUGUGAUUUUUACGUAUAAUUUAUUCAUCCUGCUCGGUUUUUUUUAUAUAAUAAGUUCGCUGUACCAAUGCCCCUAGUAUCUACUUCAACGAACAUGAUAUACAACAUGUUGAUGGCCUCAAAUUGGUGAUACCAGGACGACAUCAACGCUCUCCGUUGAUCGACAUGUUGACGAUGCCCGUUGAGCAGCCCCCGCCGCGUCUCGCGGCCGCUGACGCCGUCAUCAACUACGAGGCAGUAGAACAUUCGACGUCAUGUCCGAGCGACAUGCAAAAUACGACAACCCCUGCACCAGAGCAGGUGCUGGCACAAGUUGUACAAGAAGAAAUAGGAGACCACAUAAGAACUACCGCUUUUUCCCCGGGUCAGCCGAUUUUCAAGCCGAAUCAUUUUGGGAAUCAUCAAGAUGAAUAUGGCACGAAAAAAAACGCCGCCAAUCUUGUCCAACUGAAGCAGCAGUACUGGGAGUUUUUUGAGGUUUUUUGGCGUCACCUGGUGCCGAUCAUGCGGAGCGACCUGCGGCUGCCGCAGAAGGUGCUGCGGCAAGCCGUCCUGCCGUUUUUUGAGCGACGGGCAGCGGAGAAACAAGUGUGGACGCGGAGGCAGCGGAGCACGAUGGGGCAGUGGGCGGAACUGAUUCGAAGUGGGUUGUUGGAAGAAGUAGAGGCCGAGGAGGCGGAGGGGGAGGGGCCCAAGGUGGAAAUGGAUACGGAUACUAGCGCGCGAUCUCCACUACAAAGGCGGGGUGAAGUCGAUACCGAAAAUAAAAAAGCCAUGACGAGGACCUCCGAGAGGACCACGACAAUGAUAGCACAGCCGGCCAGCACAAAAACCCCUAGCUCCUCACCUGCUAGCUGUACUACCACGACACCAGCGCGACGACCAUCCGCCCUGGGAUCUUCGGGGCCAAGAACAGGAACGCCCAGAAAAGGUAGGUCAAACGAGCAAGAGGAGGCGCGGCCUCCUCCUCCAUGGUGCCCCUGCAGUCCUUCUGUGGGAAAAAUAAAAGCGACGGAGCGCGAGCGGUCCUCGUCUAGCAGGACGACCACAGAGGCCCCCGCAACAUCGGGUUCGUCAGCUGACAGCCCCGGAAACACAAGAUCACCGUCUCCGCCCUCGUCGGCUGUUGCGCAGGAGAAGACCUCGGCGGUGGGGUCUUCAUCUAUCUGGCGGGAGAGUUGUCAUGGCGACACGAGUGACAGAACUCCGGUUCAUCUUGCAAAGAGCCACGACGUCCCGCCCAUAAUACUUGAUCAUGCGCAGGAAGAUCGAAAAACUUCUACGCAUAGGAACAAGCUACGUGCCACACGAGGACCCUCCUACAGCUCGCCGCCUGAGGGGGGCGAUGCCAUUCCUGAGGAACAUGAAAGCGACAUUAGUAUUGAGAUUGAUGAUAGGACAGCACCAGCGGAAGAAAAUGAAAAGAACGGAUUGGUGCCGUGUGGUCGUGGGACUGGGACGACACGAGGUCCACCUACAACUUGUAUGCAGCCGCGAGGACGAUCUGCGUCCGCUUCCGUCGAAGAAUUAAAAACCCAAAAUCCUCCUGAUUUGGUUCUGGUCCUGGAAAACUUACGAAAUUUCGAAAACAUCAAGCUGAUCGAGCGUACGGCAGAGGUCUUCGGCGUGAAAAAGAUCUGGAUUCUGCAACACGGCGUGCAAAAGCUGCGAGUGGACUCCAUUUCCAAGAAUAAACCUGCCGCUGCCAAAAACCACUCGAAUAAUAUUACCGGUUAUCAAUCUUUGACGUCGGAAAUAACCACGAUCGAGAAGAAAAACAGCGUCGCUUUCGAUGAUCGGACGAAUAAAUCAAAUUCAAAAUCGUCUUGUUCCGGAGGAAGUAAUAAAAACAACCUCUCUGCCGGCGUGUCCAAGGAAAGCUUUGUCGAGGUCAGACGGUUUUCGGAGUUCGCGACGUUUGCGAGAAGAAUGGAAGUGGAGAAGCGAGAAUGCUGGGCCACGGUGGUGCCGAGUUCUGGAGAGCAGGACAACGACGUAGUUGCCCGGAGUUCUUCUUGUCGGCACGGAAUGAGGCCGGAUUUUGCAUGCCGAAGAGAUGAUGAAGAAGGAAUAGAACACGACGACGACCUAGAACCGCAGCCACUUCCAGGUAAAAACGGAAGUGAGGAAGCUGAAGCGAUUACAGGUGUAGAAGUUGACACUAUAGUCAGUGAAAGAACUGAUGUAAGCAGUAGCUUUGCCCCACCAGAUGCUAAAGUGCGAAGACAAAGAACCGGUGAGAAACUGCCUUCAAGUAGGAUAUCAAGCAACUACGCCACCCGCGACACAAAAGCAAACCGGCCAGGACACAAAAGCAAACCCAAGAAGAGCAUCGCCCUCGUUCUCGGUUCCGAGUCGAGUGGGAUCUCGGCGGAAAUGCGAGCCUUUGCGCACAGACACGUGUGGUAUCCGGUGGCGGGGAAGUGCGAGUCUUUCAACGUGGCAGUCUGCAGCGGUGUCAUGCUCGCGGAGUUACGGGCGCAGCGCCCUGAGUUCUUUCCCGUAUGAUAUCAAAGUAAAAAAAGAUGAGGAAGAGAAGUCUAUCCACUUCUUGUGGUGCAAAUUAUUGUUCCCGAUUUUCCAAAUGCGAAUGCGAAUGCCUCAGGACGAUAAGUAGACAUCUGCUCUAUGUUACAUGUCCACCGGUACUAUCGCCGAUUCGCAGAAUCACGCUGCGCACCCUGCUCCCCAGCGACAAUGACAAAGCUGAUGUAGACAAAGUUGUAAAAAAAAGAAAAAGAAUGUGACGAAUUCCGAUAAAGUAU